AUUCUGGCUAACACGCUGCAAACUUGAAUUUAUUCAUGCACUAUUUUAUAUUACAGCCAUUAAAUAAGAUCGCUCAAAAGGUGACUGUGUAAUAUGUACUGAUUAUACUUAUUUGUUAUAUACUUAGAAUUUACAAUGCCGCCAAGAGGAAAAAGAAAAUCAGCUAAAGAAAAUCAAACUGCAGCUAAGAAAGCUAAAGUUGAAAAAUCCAGGUUGGUUAUAAGUAUGUUUUUAAGAUACAGUGCAUGAUAAUCGCGCUAUAUAAAGGACUAAGUCUAAGUAUUAUAAUAUUGCAAUUUUUAAAACGCCAAAGUUGUUGUUAGUGUUGAGGAUUGAAAUAUAUUUCACCCUUUCUGUCGGAGUAAAAUAGUAAGGAAGGGGAUUCCCAGUUGUUAGCAGGAUUCGUAAAGAAUGCUCGCGGCAAAUACUACAACAAAUCAAUCUUUCCUUCGAAAGAAGGCGAAAAUUAUUUCUAUAAACAUCCCUCUCACUAUAACUUAACAAUAAUUUAACAAUUUUCAAUUCCUUUUUAUUGUUAUCUUUAUUUAUAGUGAAACCAGUCGUAAAAGAGAUGAUAUUUCAAAACCAUUUUCAGUGAAAAAGUGCAAAGUUUGGUUUGAGGAAUAUGCAGGUACAAUUGCAAAGCUUUAUUUUGUUUUGUUCUCACAAAUAUAAGCACAAAAAAACAGAAAUAAAUGCAGAUGGCACGAUCAACCCCCACGAUAUUGUGUGUAACAUUUCGUUCCUUUCAGAUGAGCCAGAUAUAAUUGGUCCAGACGGAAUUCAAAAGUUAUGCAAAGAUUUACAUUUAGACCCGGAAGAUGUAAGUUUAUAUAUAGUUACUGUAAGGUUUAGUUUUGAAUAUAAUGCAUAAGUAGCUGUUUGCUGAAAGGUUGUAUGGAAUGUGAAAACGUUUAUUCUAAAUAAAUAUAUAGAGAAGUUUAUAUUUCAAGUCUGAGAGAAACGGCAGACCAGCGGAAAGGAGGGACCGCGCUCGCAGUCUACGGCAGAGGUAGACUAUAUUGGCAGUAUUUUCAUCUGCUCUUCGUCGCUUCAUAUCUUUUUGGUUAAAACAAUUAUUUUACAUUAUGAUUAUAGUGUUAACGCAACUUAUUCAACGCUCAACGCCAUUUUUCUGAUUUCAUGCUUUAUAACACAAAAUUUUUCUUUGCCUGGCGUUUGUCCUGUGACGGGUGUUUGUACAAGUUUACACUGUAUUCGUCAGUAACGUAUACUGCAUUUACCGUCCGUUGCCUUCCAGAUCUGUAAAUCUCGAGGCCAACCCGAUAAACAAAGGCUCGCUUUAACAAAAGCAACAAAAUAUAAGUAGUCAAGCGUAGAGCACUAAAUUAACACUGUUCAUUGUACGCACAGGACACACCCACAAGCGCACUGUGGACGCACAGCGCCCGGAUUCACACUGAAGCCGGUUUUCCACUAGCGAAUUUUUUCGCGCGAAGCGACCUUUUUCCUUUGUCGGCAUCCAUUUUGCCACGUCUUGCUGAGUGAUACCGACAAAGGAAUAAGUGAUACCGACAAAGGAAAAAGGUCGCUUCGCGCGAGAAAAUUCGCUAGUGGAAAACCGGCUUGACGCAGACGAAUUGUAAAUCCGCGCGUGAAACGAGGCUUUUGAUCCUCUUGUCAAUAUUGUGCUAAUAAUUUCCAAACUAACUGCAUGGGUACCAGGGGUGGAAAUAUUCAACUUUCUGGGACCGCAAAAGAACAUAAAAAAAUUUUCUGCCAAUAACAAAGUAAAUCGACACUCGCGAACACUGUAACUUUACACUAAGUUGUCAAACUUAAUGUCAUGCAAUAUUUUAAAGGCACAGUUCAGCCUGUUGAACGAUGGUUUUUAAGGCGCAUUUGAGCCCUUUUAAUUGAAAAAACUAACUAGGAAAAUCAAUUAAGCAUAAUUCAAGAUCACCAAACUUAACGUUUUUAACAUUUUAAAACAUUUAUAUUGAUAAAAACAUCGAGUUUACUGAUUUUGAAUUAUGCUUAAUUGAUUUUCCUAGUUAGUUUUUUCAAUUAAAAGGGCUCAAAUGCGCCUUAAAAACCAUCGUUCAAAAGGCUGAACUGUGCCUUUAAGGUAUAUAACAUAAAACUAAUUUAGAUAACAUACUAUAUACACAUCAGGGGACUGAUCCUAAGGUAAAUUUACAGAUGCCAAAAAAUGGGAACUACUAGAGAGCACUACUAUGCAGGGAUCUGGGGGCACGGUACCCCAGAAAAUUUUGAAAAUCAGGUGUCUCAGAUUGGCUAAAAAUGUAUUUGCCAUACUACAUUUGUUACAUCAUUGUACAGUCUAUACAUUUAUUCACUAUUGCACUAUUAAAAUGGAUGUGCCUCUAAUUGUAUUUUUGAGGUCAUACAUACAUACAUACAUACAUACAUACAUACAGUACAGGUAACACUCUUUCUACUGGGUUGAAUUUUUCCUCCGAAUUUCUCCCUUUGUCUAAAUAUCUACAAUUAUCUUUUUUUCUUUCUUGGAAAUAUUUUCUGGGAACUCAAAAAUUUUCUGGGACCAAUGGUCCCAUGGUCCGAUACUUUUUCCACCCCUGACGAGUACAUUAAUUGUUCUAGAUUGUAAUGCUCGUUGUUGCUUGGAAGUUGAAUGCAGAAAACCUUGGUUUUUUUAAGUUCAGUGAAUGGUCUACAGGAAUGGGAUCUUUACAGUACGUAAACAUUUAUGUAUUUUUAUACGUUUGAAAUGAAUUUUUUGUCCAAUGUAAUGUCAGGAAAAUUAUAUUUGAUACUUGGUAUAUAUAACAAUACCGUUUAAUGUCAUACAGAGAAAUAGAUAUGUUACUCACAAUUACACUGUAUUUUUCGUAUAUCUGUAAUGUUAUAGUUGUUAUGUUUUAGAUGCGAUUCUACCAAGAAACUUCAAUCCAAGUUAAAGUCUUUAAAAAGCUUGAUUAAUGAUCCAGUUGUAUUUAAGAAGAUGUAUAGAUAUGCAUUUGACUUCUGCAGGGUAUGUCGUCAUUAGAAUUAUACACUUUACAGUCCUUUCUUAAAUCAGCUCAUGCAGUUUCAGUUAUACUGUGGUUUCAAGUAGAAGAUUGAUUGGACGACGUUUCAAUUUUCAUUACAGAAGAUUUAUUGGACGACGUUUCAUUUGUAAACUAAUAAAACGUAUAGUUACUUCAUCCACACACUUACAAUCCUAUAAAUCUAUAUAGAAAAUGAAUAUCGACUAUAUAUUAAAUACGUUUCGCUUCAAAAUGAUAUCACAACUAAACUUUUCAUGAAACUUUUAUCGCCUAGACGCUAACUUUUGCGGCCAGACAGAAUGACUUACACACAUGAUGUUUUUUGUCUUUCUCCAGAAUAAAGAUCAACGUAGUUUAGAUAUUGAUAUGGCAAUGGAAAUGUUAAAGAUCUUACUCAGUGAGUCUUGGACACUCCUAGAUCCCUUUGUUGAAUUUAUUGAGGUUUGUAUGUAUACCAGCUUGGUCCGGUUCAUUUCUAUACAAAACAGCAUGAAGAUCAUCCAUUUUUUCCUGUCAAUUUCCAUAUUAACAACCACAGUUUACGAUUCCUUAGACUCCACCACACUUUUAUCGUCAUAAAUGAUUAUUUUAAUGAACUGAAUGCCUCAACUAUUCAUACGUGCCCGUGAAAGAACUUUUGAUUAAGCUUGAACACGGAGAUUGUUCAGAACUCGCGAAAAGAAUGAAUAGUUUACACGUUACUGCAUUUUUCUGGGCAACAGUAUAUACAGUAUUGCAUAGUCGGGUUCCGGCGAUUUUCGCCGUCAAGCAUAGACAAUCGCCGGUUAUUUUGCAAAAUUAUAAAUUCCUCCUUUCCAUAGAAUGAUAUAAUGUUUCUAGCUUUUAUAACAUCAAUUCUACAUGCACGAUAUUCUUCGUUAAAUGUUUGGAUGAUAUAUAUGACAGAAUUUCCAAAACAGCUUUCCAAAUUGCUGGAAAUGCCGUUGCAGAGGUCUAAAUUUCAGAAUCGUCACGGGUUAGAACACAGGUCAUACGAUUUGGAAUGCGAAGAUUAUGGGUAGUUUAAGGUACACUCAUUCCCCAGGGACCAACUCAGCAAAAGCCAUGGCGGCCAUGUUGGUGUUCCAGACAAAAGAGUCUAAUUAAAAUUAUUUUGAAUUGGAACACCAACAUGGCCGCUGUGACGUCAUGUGCAAACGCUCUAUAGAAUUUGUAGUUGGAGGUUUUUUGAAAGAAGUAGACGGCUAUAAAUUAUUGGUGCCCACUCGGGAGAUAGCCCGACGUAUACUAUAUCCACAUACUAAUCUCCAAUUUUAACCUAAUAAACUAAAAUAAUAUAAAUACUAAAACUGUGCAAGUUAUUGUGGCGUCAUUUCACGAAAUUUGUGUGUUAAGAGAUUCUUCAAUCAGGGGCCGGUUGUUCAAAGGUGAAUUAGCGCUAAUCCUGGGUUAAAACUUAACCGGCUGUUUUGUUUUUGUUACGGUUUGCACUUUUCUUUAUUUCAAAACUUUGAAAAAUAAACUAACUUCUAUUGAUCCAGACAUGAAUUGUGAUAAACUAUCUUCAUGUUUCUAAACAGGCUGUUGGAAAGACUGAUUUGAGAUUUUCGUAAACCUAGGAUUAAGCUAACCGGCUUUUGAACAACCGGCUUCAGGGUGCGAUAAUUCGCGUAUUUACGAAUUACGGUCUGAUACUUCUUUGUUUUCAGCCGCGUACAUGCAGUAGGUCCAGUAUAUACGCGGAACUCUUGCUACCUGCGUACUUACUUUUUGCUGGUACCGUACGACCUUUCCAAGCCAAAAAUAUUCAAUACCGUAAUUUAGUAGGUCUAACAUGUGUCGGCAUGAAACAUGCAUGAUUGGACUGAUGACACUAAGAAACUUGGCACUAAGAAUAACUAAGAUGGCACUAAGAAACUGGGCACUAAGAAUAACUAAGAUGACACUAAGAAACUUGGCAAUAAGAAUAACUAAGAUGGCAAUAAGGGGCUUCGGUGGCGAAGUGGUUAGCGCACUUGCCUUUCACCUCUAAGGUCGCAGGUUCAAAUCUCUUUCUCAAUACGACUCCAGUCCUCAUGUGAAAGAGCAAAAAGUCAAUGCUCUGCCGAAAGUCGCAUGUUUUCUCCGGGUACGCCGGUUUCCUCCCACAGGGAAAGUUGACAGAGUGGGUUAGGUAAAAAGGGCUCACAGUAAUUGGCAUAUGCUGUUGUAGUGACCCUGCUCUAGUUGGCAAAGCCAAAUAAAUAAGAAUAAAAAACGUUGGAGUUGAUUGUUUGUAUACGCAAUUGUACUUCUUGUUCCAACUCGUAGUUUGAAUAUACUUUCAGGAACCUCACAGAACUUGUACUUUAUUUUAAAAACUAAGUACACAUUGAGUGUGUACGGUGUGUACUAGCGCAAGUACGCGGCGAUACCUGGCGUACAUGUCAGAUACUAAGUUCUUUGAAUGUUUGCAUGGCGAUAAAAUAUAAUUGUUUUUGUUUGUGGAAACAAAAAAUACAAAAUAUAAAUUUACGUGGUGUUUCCACAAACAAAAACAAUUAUGUCAGAUACUACUAAAAAUAUGAAAUUAUCGCACCCUGCAGUUCAAUGCAUUGUUUUUUGUCUUUCAGCAAUCUGAUUACAAAGUAAUCAAUAAAGAUCAGUGGUGUAACGUACUGGAGUUCUGUAGAACAGUAAAAUCUGAUUUAUCAAAUUAUGACGUCGAUGGAGCAUGUAAGUUGAUAGACUGCACCAUAAUUUUGUCUUGGCAACGAGUGAUCUUGUGAAAAGAAUGUUCAAAUUUUGUUUGGAGAGUAAGAGGCAGAGAAUUUUAAGUAGCUUUACAUUCAUAACGAGAAAAGAUAUAUUAUUAAAUAGAGAUGUUAAACCACAGAUCGCUGAAUUCAUGCAUGCAUGUAUACACCACAGUAUAUGACUUUGUUUUUUCUUGUAUCUCACUAAAAGUACUGUAAUAGGAUUUCUAAAAUUCCAAAAUAAAAGGUCAAACGAGCUUUCAAAUGUUGUGACUGUCGUGAAGUGACAAAACUGACCACUGUAAAACCACAAUGUAUAUGCUACAGGUAACUUCAAAAAUUAAAAAUUCUUAUCAACAAGGUUAUAUAUAGUAACUACAAUUAAACACACAAUUUGAUUGGUCAAUACCCGUGAAAGAUCAGAUAAAUUUAAAUGCAUUUGCUUGGGCUUUUUCAAAAUGUCGGACAAUGAAAACAUUUUAACCUAUGAAGUUAAUAGUUAGCAAGUGGUUUGCUCGACUUUCCGAGAGCGUAAAAAACACUCGCCUGCAGCUCGUGUUUUUUUACGCUUGGCGCUCGUGUUUUUUUUUUACGCUUGCCAAAAGUCUCUCAACAUCCUUCGUGCCAUUCUUUCGUGCAUGGAUGACGCUGCCCUGCACGGAAAACCAUUUGGUAUUCCUUUACUACUACUCCUUUACUACUACUCCUUUACUACUACUCCUUUACUACUACUCCUUUACUACUACUCCUUUACUACUACUCCUUUACUACUACUCCUUUACUACUACUCCUUUACUACUACUCCUCCUUUACUACUACUCCUCCUUUACUACUACUACUCCUUUACUACUACUCCUCCUUUACUACUACUACUCCUUUACUACUACUACUCCUUUACUACUACUACUCCUUUACUACUACUACUCCUUUACUACUACUACUCCUUUACUACUACUACUCCUUUACUACUACUACUCCUUUACUACUACUACUCCUUUACUACUACUCCUUUACUACUACUACUCCUUUACUACUACUACUCCUUUACUACUACUACUCCUUUACUACUACUACUCCUUUACUACUACUACUCCUUUACUACUACUACUCCUUUACUACUACUCCUUUACUACUACUCCAAAAAGGUUAAAACAGUACUUUUCUAAAUCAUUCCAUUAUUGACGGUUGCAAUCUAUCACUUGGCGUGAGAAUACAUGCUGAAAGCCCCGGUCAAACGAGAAUGUGAAUUAAUGAGAGUUGGCAGUCACGAAUUGUCACCGGGGGAGGUUCAAGGUCCGGAUUAACAAAAUAAAGGUUUAAUAAGUGUUCCUAGUUCCAACAAUACACGAUCGUGUUGGAAAAGCAUUAAGAACAGCUAACCAAGAUCGCGUGAUUGUCAUUGUCUCGUGCACUCUCAUCCACGGAUCUUAACUUGAUCCGUGCUUAACAUAAAAAAUAGGUACGCUUGGCGUACAUGUAUCUGCGAGAAAGCCGCCAUAUUUGUUUUACUGCCUGUUCGCAGGCGUACAUCCCUAAUUAGUCGACCUGAGUGUUUAACGCACACACAACUCGAUAGCAUAGUAUCUAGCGCUACGCUACGCUACAACUAGAGAGUCGUUAAACUUUCUCUGUCUUUCAGGGCCUGUAAUGUUGGACGAAUUCGUGGAAUGGUUCAAUAAUCAUCCCAAAAUGUAGAAUGGAUAACAUGCUGUAAACUUGGUAAAUCAUUAGUACAUACCCACUGCAGCAGUGGUGAAUUGUAUCCCAUAGCGACGCAAUGUUCGAUAUCAAUCCAGGUUAUGUUCAGACAUGAUGUACAGUUUAUUAGGUAUGGAGGGUAAUAUCAGUUGGACAAAUUGCGUUUUAGAGUAAAUUCAUCUGAUAUUAUGAUAUUUAUUGAAUGGCAGUUGGGAGUUUGAUAAAUACUGAUAGGUCUGGCAUAUACAAAUUUUCAUUAUGCAAAAUGAAUUGUGAGAAAAUGUAUGAAUGGCAUGGUGCCAAAGAUCGAGAACUCAUUAGGAAACGUAUAUAGUUCGUUUAACUGUUUCCGUCGACAGUAUUCGUUUUGGUGCAUUAUAUAUGUAUGAGCUUUUGCUUCUAUAAAUGGUUUGGCAAAGAAAUCAUAAAUUUUUUAUUGAUUUUGCAACAUGAAAAAUUGUACUGUACAUAGACUUGAUAGCACUCCCUGGUUGCCAGAUAUGUACAAAAAGUAUAUAUAAAUCUUUAUAAAAAGUUUUGUUCUCUUUUCAAAAUUAACAAAUAAAUAUAAAUUUUUCAAGAAAUAUAAAUGUAGAGGAUUGUUAUGGCUCAUUGUAUGUCAGACAUUUGCCUGAGGGACUGUGGCAGUGUAAACUAAACAAAAGUAAUGAUAAACAGUAUGUGAAGAUAUUCAUGAAGGCAAACCUUGCUUGCUUAUCAAAUACUGA